GCGAAACAAAAUUAUGUAGUUGACGGAACUUCAAAACCAACCAAGAGCGUGGAGAGAUCAACACCAAAGCACUGGAAGAAGAAGGAGAAGAAGGGACGAUUAAAAAAAGCCAUUAGACUAAGAAGAAAAAAUAUGGCGGAAUCAGAUAAUCAUGAUUUAAAUUCAAAGCCUACUUGGUUUACUCCAAAAACGUUACUUGUGAUAUUUUGCGUGAUUAAUAUGUUAAAUUAUGUUGAUCGAGGAGCUAUAGCAAGUAAUGGUGUAAAUGGGAGUCUGCGGACAUGUACAGAAGGGGGUAUAUGUACGGGUGGAAACGGAAUUCAAGGAGAUUUCAACUUAAAUUAUUUUCAAGAUGGCAUUCUAUCAUCUGCAUUCAUGGUUGGACUUCUGUUAGCUUCUCCAAUAUUUGCAUCUUUGGCGAAAAGUCACAAUCCGUUUAGACUUAUUGGAGUUGGAUUAUCAGUCUGGACUUUUGCAGCUGCUGGUUGUGGUAUUUCCUGGGAUUUUUGGUGUAUUACUAUAUUCCGCAUGCUGGUUGGUGUUGGUGAGGCUUCAUUUAUAAGUCUUGCUGCUCCAUUCAUUGAUGACAAUGCUCCUGUUGCUCAGAAAACAGCAUGGCUCGCUAUUUUUUAUAUGUGUAUACCAACUGGAAUUGCUGUUGGCUAUGUCUACGGUGGAUUGGUUGGAGGUUACUUCAAUUGGCGUUUCGCAUUCUUUGGGGAGGCAAUUCUGAUGCUUCCUUUUGUUGUUCUUGGUUUCGCUGUGAAGCCCUUGCAGUUGAAAGGUUUUGGUCCUGUCAAAUUGGAGAAAACUUCGGCACGAGAAGCUGAAGUUUCUGGAAACGGAGAGCUUAUUGAUUAUAGCUCAAAGAGAACUUCCUGGUCAAAGGGGAAGUCUGAUAUCACAGAUCAGGUUUCAAAAUUUUGGACAGACUUUAAAGUGCUCUUCUCCGAUAAAGUAUAUGUUGUUAACGUUCUAGGGUACAUAGCGUACAAUUUCGUAAUAGGAGCUUAUUCUUAUUGGGGACCUAAGGCAGGGUAUGCCAUAUAUCACAUGGAAAAUGCAGAUUUGAUGUUUGGAGGGGUUACAAUUGUGUGCGGAAUAUUUGGAACAUUAGCUGGAGGUCUUAUUCUUGACCGUAUGAACUCCACAAUCUCCAAUGCUUUUAAGCUUCUUUCUGGAGCAACAUUUGUGGGGGCUAUAUUUUGCUUUAGUGCCUUCCUUUCACAUAAUUUAUAUGGUUUCCUAGUCCUCUUUGCAAUUGGAGAGUUGUUUGUGUUCGCAACACAGGGUCCUGUAAAUUUUGUAUGUCUUCAUAGUGUUAAACCCAGUUUGAGACCACUGUCUAUGGCUAUGUCUACUGUUUCAAUUCACAUCUUCGGUGAUGUUCCUUCAUCACCACUUGUUGGGGUUGUCCAGGAUGCUGUUAAUAACUGGAGAGUUACUUCUCUCAUUCUCACGUCUAUUCUGUUCAUAUCAGCUGGACUUUGGUCAAUUGGGAUCUUUCUUCACAGUGUGGACAGAUAUAAUGAAGUCGAGCCUUUGGCCGCUGAGGGACCAGAUUCAAGUCCCUUACUUUGUGAGAACGCAGCUGAAAUGUCAAAUGAGUCCAGGCUACCAUAAUUUGCUCCAAGUGGUAAAUUUGUUCAUGUUAGGGAUUCUAAAUCGGAUCGCACAUUGCACGCUUCUGAACCUGUUCGUUAAGAUUCCCUGCUGUUCAUGUUGUAAUUUGGAUGUGUACAUAAUCCAUGUUACGUGGUAACUAGAAUCUCCGAAAUCAAAGGGAAGAAGGAACCGCAGAAGUGCUGGAACAAUGAGAUAAAACAGCAGCUCUCGCAUUCAAUUAUUUGUAACUUGUAUAUUUUGUUUAUACUGGACAAUCAAUAACAGCAAUUUGGAUUCUUAAAGCUUUUUGUACCUUUUUAUCCGAGCCUGUUAUAAGGGCGGCAUGGUCUAUUAGAGGGGCGGCAUUGUAAUAGGACAAAAAGAUCAUUACAUGAUAAUUCAAGUGUCCCUUAUCUAAAAAA